CAUACCCAAAAGCAAAAAAGUAGAAGCAAAGUAACGGGACGGUACAGUAAUACUGGAAUUAUAAUAAAGAAACGUUGAAAAUUGUAAAAAAAUGGAACAACUGAUACAGAAUCAAAUGAUCUCGGCCGCGGUGCAGCUGGAAAAGCAUCUCGACAGUGAGCUGGAUCGGCUGGAAAACCUGAACACGGACGAGCUCGACAAGCUGCGGGAACAGCGCAUCCAGCAGCUGAAGAAACAGGCCCAGCAACGGCAGGAAUGGAAAAACAACGGACACGGCGAGUACUCGGAGCUGGCCGAUGAGAAAGAAUUUUUUGCCGUUUCGAAAAAAUCGCCCAACAUUGUGUGCCACUUCUAUCGCGACUCGGCACCACGUUGCCGGAUCGUCGAUAUGCAUCUAAAAAUUUUGGCCACCAAACAUUUGGAAGCGAAAUUUUGCAAGGUAAAUGCGGAACGCUGCCCAUUCCUCACAGAGCGCCUUCGCAUUAAGGUGAUACCGAGCAUCGCACUGAUAAAGGACAGCAAAACCAAGGAUUACAUCGUGGGUUUUACCGAUCUCGGGAACUGUGAUGAUUUCAGUACCGAAAUGCUCGAAUGGCGCAUUGCCCAGUCGGGUGCGAUCGAAUACAGCGGUGAUCUCUUGACUCCACCGGAUGUGAAAAAGCAAAAGAAACCGAGCAAUCUUAAAACGAUUCGUGGCGGUUACGAUUCGGAUGAUUCAGACAUUGACUUCGACGAUUAGAUGUCGACAGAAUCCAUUUCUUCGUGACCUGUGUGUGUGUUCCGGUGAGUGGAAGUGCGUAAGAC